UACGCCUCCAUAAACCUCGUGCUUGCUUCACAGGAUCCUCUUCUCUCUUUCUAAUCGAAAAUGGGAACCUUGGGACGAGCAAUCUACACUGUGGGUAACUGGAUCCGCGGGACCGGCCAAGCUCUUGAUCGCGUCGGUUCUCUUCUUCAAGGGAGUCACCGAUUGGAAGAACACAUAUCGAGGCAUCGGACGUUGAUGGAUGUGUUUGAGAAAUCUCCGUUGGUGGAUAAGAAUGCGUUUGUGGCUCCAAGUGCCUCUGUUAUUGGUGAUGUUCAGAUCGGUAAAGGCUCCUCUAUUUGGUAUGGCUGUGUUCUUCGAGGUGACGUUAAUAACAUCAGUGUUGGAUCCGGAACGAAUAUCCAAGACAAUUCUCUUAUACACGUUGCAAAAACCAACCUAGGUGGAAAGGAUUUACCUACUUCAAUUGGGGACAAUGUCACCGUAGGUCAUAGUGCUGUCAUACAUGGGUGUACUGUGGAGGAUGAAUCUUUUGUUGGCAUGGGAGCUACAUUACUCGAUGGUGUGGUGGUUGAGAAGCAUGCCAUGGUUGCUGCUGGUUCCCUUGUGAGAGAGAACACACGAAUUCCUUCUGGAGAGGUGUGGGGAGGAAACCCAGCAAAGUUCAUGAGAAAGUUAACAGAUGAAGAGAUCGCAUAUAUCUCAAAGUCAGCAGAGAACUACAUCAACCUCGCAAAUAUUCACGCCGCGGAGAAUUCAAAGUCAUUUGAGGAGAUCGAGGUUGAGAGUGCGCUUAGGAAGAAGUAUGCACGCAAGGAUGAGGAUUACGAUUCAAUGCUUGGGAUUGUCCGUGAAACUCCAGCUGAGUUGGUUCUCCCCGACAAUGUCUUACCAGAGAAAACUACCACCAGGGUUCCGACUACACAUUACUGAUUUCACCCGUCUCAGGUUGUUUUUAUGACAAAGAUUGAUUCUCUGGAAAUUCAGGAGAGAUAUUAUCUUUUGGUUUUGCACUUUUUUCUCCCGAGCAAGUAUCAUAUUCUUGCUCAAUAAUGCCGAAAAGAACAUGUACUGUUGCAUUAUGUCACAUGUCUUGGGUGAACAAUUUCAGAAAGAGGAACUAGUUGCAUUCAUUUUCAAUCUUCUUAUGGGUGUUUUUUUCUUUUUAAUACUAAUUUACGAUUGAGA